ACAUUCAACCAGGACGAAUUUGAGGAGAAUAUUGCUAAUCUCGUUUUAAAAUUUAUGUUGCCAUUUGGAAUAGUGGAGGAUCCACUUUUUCAAAAAAUUUUUAAUGACUUUAAAAUCGAAAAAGGUGAUACCAAAAUCAAACAUUUGUCUCGAUACUCUCUAGGAAAAAGAGUCGAAAUGAAUUUAACAAAAACAAUGAACGAAGUUCGCGAACACAUAAAACUUAGAACUGAAGAAGGAGGCGUGGUUUGUACCACGGCUGAUAUGUGGACAGGAGGAGCGCGUCGAUUUUUGGGUGUUACAGUGAGCAGGAUUGAUUCGAAAACGUUGACAAGAAAAUCGGCAGCUCUUGCGUGCAGAAGGUUCUCUGGAACGCAUUCUUUCGAUGCCAUUGCGAAACUUCUCUACGAUAUUCAUACAUCGCUUGGAUUGACGCCGGAAACAAUACGAGCGACAGUUACAGAUAACGCAAGCAAUUUUGGAAAGGCCUUUCGAGAACUAGGAAUUGAGGAGUCGGAUAUGAUUCCAACACGUGAAACGGACGACCAGGAUCGGAGCAUCGCUGAAAGCUUGGACCUCAGUGUAUUUGAAGAAAAUUUGGCUGAAGAAGAUUUGGUUACUGUGGAAAAAGAAUUUGGUGAAGAAUGCAAAAGAUAUCUACCCAAGCAUUGUAAAUGUGCUAGCCAUACACUAAAUUUGAUUGCGUCAAUAGACACAGCAAAAGCGAUUGCCCAGAAUGAUCAAUUAAAGCGAAAACAUAGCUCUGUUUCGACAAAAUGUACAUCGCUGUUGAAAUCAAUGCGCUCUCCAAAAAAACGAGAGGUGCUGAAAUUGAAAUUAGGAAUCGCUAUUCAACGACCAGUUGUGACACGGUGGAACUCUCUUUAUGACUUUUUCAAACAAUUGAUAAGCAUCCAGACAAAGCUUAUCGACAAAGACAUUGUCGACUUACCAAAAUCUUUUACAAUCUCUGACUUUAAUUACCUGGUGGAGUAUGUACGAUGCUCGGCGCCUAUCGCAAACGCCAUCGAUUUGUUGCAGGGAGAUUCGUGCUUCUAUGGCAUUCUAUUACCAACGUUAAUGUCUGUGCAGUACAAACUCAAAGAACUCUUAACGAACGAUGACAUAAUUUUUUGCAACCCUCUGCUAAAAGUUAUGAUUGACGGGAUAAACAUCCGAUUAAAAAAAUUAUUGGACUUCUCAGAAACCAAUAUUGACGCAGCAAUUGCUGCAAUUUCGCACCCGCGUUUCAAAGGCCGAUGGUUAACGCAAUACAAUGAAGUCGAACAAAGAACGGUUCACCAGCGUUUUAUAGAAGCAGUAACUCUCCAAGCAUCAAUUCUAGCAUCUAGUCCGAUCAAUGAAUAUCAAGAUGAUGAUUUUCAAUUCGGGACCUCCACACUAACCAUCGAAGAAUUUACUCCCUCAUUAUCUCAAGGAGAGAUAAAAUCCGAAGUAACUAGGUACUUAAAAAGCAAGGAAUCUGAUCUUGCUAUGUUAGAAAAGUUUCCGAACAUUCGGAAAACUUUUUUAAAAUACAAUACGCCUUUACCGUCUUCUGCUCCGGUAGAAAGGCUGUUUAGCUAUGCCACGAUGCUAAAUUUGCCGAAAUUUAAUAGACUCACUGACCAUCAUUUCGAGCAAAGGAUAUUGGCUAAAGCCAAUUCCAUUAAGAAAUAUAUUUGAAAUCUCCUCUGCGCUGGAUGUACUGCGGUGCGGGAAAUAUCUGGUUCAUUACGACACUGUGAGAAUGAGUUUUAGUUUCAUAACAUCUAAUUUUUCGAAUAUUUACCAUUUAAUUAUUUUAAUAUUUGGAAUUUUUCUUAUUUCUAAAGAAAUUUUCAUAGUAUUUGCGCACUAAGGAAUUGCAAUUCAAUUGGCAUUUAGGAGACGACGAAACAUAUCAAUUCAUGUAAUAUACGAAGUUUGGCUCUUGAGAUAUUUUUUUUCAUUACUUCUUUUUCAAACAUUUGGAUGAUUCGUCAUUGGGUCGCUGGGUCAGGGCCAUUUUUUCUCGAAACAAAACC